UAGAAGAAUGAGCCAUAGCCCUUCUCCCAACAUCCUUAGCGGCGGGCGAAGGAAAAUGAAAACGGCCAUGUCGUGGUAGAAACCAGCUCGGUAGCGAGAGCCACGGUGUAACUUUCAAAUCCAUCUAAUGUAGCGUUUAAACUACAGCUCUCAAAGUAACACAUCUGAUCGCUUGUUUGACAGAAAGCAGAUUUCGUGGAAGUAAGUGCGUUAUUAAAAUCAGAGAACAAACAUGAGCGGAGGAGGGACGCCGUACAUUGGCAGCAAAAUUAGCCUCAUCUCCAAGGCCGAGAUUCGCUAUGAAGGAAUUUUAUACACCAUUGACACUGAAAACUCGACAGUAGCUCUUGCUAAAGUUCGCUCUUUCGGCACUGAAGAUCGCCCUACUGACAGGCCUAUUCCACCUCGGGAGGAAGUGUUUGAGUACAUCAUCUUCCGAGGAAGUGAUAUAAAAGACCUAACAGUUUGUGAGCCACCCAAAGCCACAAGCUCCCUGCCUCAGGACCCUGCCAUAGUUCAAUCAUCAAUUGGUUCCACCAGUGCUGCAGCAGCAUCGUUCCAGCCUGCUGGGUCCUAUGCUCCAUUCAGCAGGGCCCCUGUCCCACCUUACAGCCAGUUUGGUGUCACACCCCUUGCAGCUCAGCAGUUUGGAUCUGCUGGAACAGGAGGGCGUACUAGUCCCCGGCUGGACUCUUUAACAAAAAGUCCCACCCUGGAGCAGGCAGUGCAGGCCCCACCAUCAGCUGCCCAAGCUCCACCUGCACCUGUAGGACAGAGGAGUCAGAUGGGGGCAGCAGCUCCCAGGCCCACCAGCACCACCACUGGCAGCCAGAAGCCCCCGGACCUCCUGGAGCAGAGAAAAGCUCCUGAGGUUCAGAAAGUUUCACAUCCAGAUAAUGAACAAGGUGCUGUUGAAAACCGGGAUCCCAACAAGCGUCAAGCUGCUGGUGUCCACCCGGCCCAGUCCACCCGCCGCGGCCGUGGAAGAGGAAACCGCAGCAGAGGCAAAGUAAAUGUGCGCAGGGAUGGUGCCAUGAAGUUUGAAGAAGACUUUGACUUUGAGACUGCCAACGCCCAGUUUCACAAAGAUGAGAUUGACAAAGAGCUCCAGAAUAAGCUCAAGCUGAAAGAUGACAAGACUGAAAAGGCGCUGAAUGGAGUGGAAACUGACUCAGAACAUCCGGCCAAUGAGGGGACCACUGAGGAAGAGGAGGCUGUGAUAAACACAUGCUACUAUGACAAGUCCAAGUCCUUCUUUGAUAACCUGUCCUGUGAUGAUUUGAGUAAAGCGGGUGAAAGAGGAUUUUCAAAGGAGCGGAGGCCAACCUGGGCAGAGGAGAGGCGAAUGAAUGCUGAGACAUUCGGCAUCCCCCUGCGGCACAAUCGAGGGAGAGGGGGUUUCCGUGGCCGCGGCUUCAUGGGACCCCGUGGAGGCCGAGGGCGACCCGUGAGCAGAGGUUCCUUUGGGCCACCCCGGGGUGCUCCACCUGGAUUCAGAGGCGGAUUCAGAGGUGGCAGAGGAGGCCGGGAUUUCUCUGAUUUUGAAUACAGGAAGGAUAACAAGGUGGCUGCAUAGUACAGCAGUGAUGGAUCCACCAAGAGUUGUAUCCCCUCAUCAUGAAAUUAUUCCAGCUCAAGAAAUUUUCUUUGGUCUCCACAUUUGACAGAAAGAAUGAAGACAUCCUCUCAGUCACCAGCACCAGGGUUGACUGUUUGACAUCGGGGGGGGGGGUGAGAGUGCAGAAGUUUAGUUUGAUAAACAGUCACCAGAUGGACAAGAAGAUAUGUAAAUACCUUGCUUUGGAGUAGCUCUGUAUUUUUGCAUCAGUCAAGUUCAUUUCUUACUGAAGUUGUCUUUGAUAUUGAAAGCUGUAUGCAGAAAGCCCACUGAUACUGUGAGCAGAUCACGGUUCAUGUGAUCGAUAGCUUUAUUUUUUAUUUUCUUUCAGUUUUUGAUACAAUAUUUGUUGGCACCAAAAUUCAAUGCAUUGCCUAUUGCACCGUAUUUUUCUCUUCUCAGACUUUCUUAGGUUGGUUGCCAUUACCCAGUUUGCAGGAAAAGUUAUUUGUUGUUCCGUUAUUCGUUGUUGUUGCUGUUGUUGUUGUUGUUGUUGUUUUUGACAUCCAUUAAUUCUCAAUGAAGUAGUGAGGUCAAAGCCAGCUGAAAGAAACAGAAUCCAAACUGAAUAAUGAAUGAAUGUAUAUCUAGCUCCUCUUCUGUUUAGUGCCCUCCAGCAAGUCAUUGCUCGACAGACAGGCUCACUUCUAGUUUUUAGGAAAGUGUGUUCAGUAGUUAGAAUCAUUAGAUCAUACUUUGACCCCUUAAACCUUGCACGUUAGAUGAAUUGUGUUUCUGCUUUCGGUUCAGCUGGACUUGUGCAGGCUUAUUAAUGAUGGCAGUCUGAUGCAGGCAACCAAUAGGAGCCAGUCAUUUGACUGAUGUUUUGGGUUUACAGCAUCAGCUUUAGAAGUAUUUGUUAACCGUAGAUUUUUUUUGAACGGGUUUGUUAUAUAGUUGACUAAAGAGAGAGCAUUCCCAUGAUUCAUGUCGGUGAAAGAGAAUCAUUCAUUACACCUUUUUAGAAGUUCUUAGGAAAGGAAAGCCUUGAGUUUAUUAUUCAAAACCUGCAGUCAGGAGGACCUUGAACAAGUUGGAUUUGGAUUACAGAUAAGCCGCUAUUUUGCCAAAAAGAAUAUGUGAGGGAUUGGUUGAGCUAAAAUAAGUGUCAGCCUAUAGGUACAUGUCUUCUCAUGUUAGUACCUCUUAAGUCUACCUUUCUAUGUCUGAAACAUACUGAGCCGUCUGUUAAAACAGGAUCUUUUUUGUUAUCAGCAUCCUUUGAAUUGUCUAACAGUUGUGUCAUCUACAAUGUUGUUGUUUUUUUUUUUUUUUUUGUUGUUGUUGUCGUCGUCGUUGUUGUCUCUACAGUCAGCCGUUCUCCACUGCAAAACGCAAGUACUUGCAGUGUUGUGAGGAAUCUUUACUGAAAAAUGGGAAAUCUUGUAAAUGGAUUGAGUGAUGUCUCUGAAGUGUGUGGUCAAUACAGAGGACUGCAUUUCUGAUAGAUAUCAGCCCUCUGGCCUGUUCGUAGCUCCUCUUGUUGCAUUGUUGUCAAUGUGAUUGUUCUCUGGAGUGAAUUUUUUUUUUUUUUUUUUUUUACUGACAUGAACAAAGGGACAAGAACUGGAUGUGGUGCCAGUGUGUUGGGGUGAGGUGGGAUAUUUUUUUUCUUAUUGGCUCUGAUUUGUUCGUACUUUAGGGAGUGCCUUCAGAGUGGUCAGUUUUGUUUUUUGUUUUUUUUACAGCUCUCCCUUUAACUUAAAGGCUACCUUUUGACAAAAGUAUUAAUAGCACUACAAGGUGAUACUAGAUCCUUCUCUGUAGCUGUGGUUGUUUAAAACAAAGCAGCCCAGUUGAACAUGUGCUGUUAACUGGAUGUUGCACAGCCUGCUGUUCACUGCAUGAUAGCCAUAGGAACCAUCACUUUUUAUGGGCUUUCGCAAUAACCAGCAAGAUUGAAUUUGAGACAAAAAGUAUUACUGAGCAAUUCAAAACUGACAUGUUUUCAUAUGUUUGUUACUCCUUCCAUUCACUGGAAUUGUAAACCAGGAAUUGUUUUCUUGAGAAAUGAGCAAAAUGGAGUUUUUACGUCAAAUAAAAAGUUGU